AGAAAUCAACAAGAAAUAGACAGAAUGCGAAACUAUUAUAAACAUUUUUGAUCCAUUAUAACGUAAUUUCACGUCAAAAAGAUCUCGCUUUCGAGACGGUCGGUUCUUCACGCAGAAAAUGUUGCGGCUAACACUACAAAAGCUUGUACCAGUUACCAAGGCAGUUUGCCAAAGGAACUAUGCAGCAGCAGCUGGUGCAGCCCAAAAUCUUGAUCCCAUCCAACAGCUUUUCUUAGAUAAAAUUAGAGAGUACCGUUCCAGAUCUAAAGGUGGUCAGUUAGUUGAUGUCACAGCAGAAUCUGAAGCCGCCUUAAAGGAAAUGCUAGGUAAUCUGGAGAGGGCAUUUGGAGCUAAAGGUGUUGAUAUGACCCAGUUUCCCAAAUUGCAGUUUUCAGAACCCACUAUUGCUUGGCCUGGGCUGAGUGAUGAGCAGAAGGCCAAAAUUGAUCAGGCAGUUAAAGCUGAAGAAGCAGAACAGAAGAAGAAAGUAGCUGCCGAGGAAGAAGAGGAAGGUGAUGGUGAUGAAGAACUUCUUAAACUUUAAGAAGCUUAAUUUUAGAAUAUUUUCAGUUUUUUUUUUUUUUUUUUAGGAUUACGAGCUGUACAACAUUAAAUAAUUUGUGGAUAUGAAAAUAAUUUAAAAUGAAUGCGA